CCGCCCCCGGCCCUUAUCACCUGGCGUGUGACAGCUCCUCGUCUUCAGCGCACGGUGCGGUGGGUGGGCAGCGGAGACGAUCGAGAUAUGGUUGCUCAAGUCCUCCGGGCAGAAGGUAGAGCACCACAGAGAGCUAACAUGGAAUCAUGGCAGGAAUACCGAGAUUUACGAGGAAGAGCUACAGGACUUAUUUCUGCGGAGGGGGAACAAUGGCUAAAAAUGAGAAGUGUACUGAGGCAAAAAAUUCUGAAACCCAAAGAUGUGGCUGUUUUCUCUGGAGGAGUCAAUGAAGUUAUUACAGAUUUAAUUAAAAGGAUCCACACCCUCAGAAGUCAAGAGGACGACAGGGAAACAGUGACCAAUGUUAACAACCUUUUCUUCAAGUAUUCAAUGGAAGGUGUGGCAACUAUUCUUUAUGAAUGCCGGUUGGGCUGCCUGGAAAACAGUGUCCCACAACAGACUGUUGAAUAUAUUGAGGCUCUGGAGUUGAUGUUUAGUAUGUUUAAGACCACUAUGUAUGCAGGUGCUAUUCCCAAAUGGCUUCGUCCACUUAUUCCAAAACCCUGGAGAGAGUUCUGCAGAUCCUGGGAUGGACUCUUCAAAUUUAGUCAAAUCCAUGUUGACAACAAAUUAAAGGCUAUUCAGUCUCAGCUGGACCAGGGAAAAGAAGUGAAUGGUGGGCUACUCACCUACCUCCUAGUGAGUAAAGAACUUACUUUGGAAGAGAUCUAUGCUAAUAUGACGGAAAUGCUCCUGGCAGGAGUGGACACAACUUCUUUUACUUUGUCCUGGGCAACGUAUUUGUUGGCAAAGCACCCUGAGGUUCAGCAACAUGUUUAUGAGGAAAUAGUCAAUAAGCUGGGGAGGGACCAAGUUCCUGUUGCUGACGAUGUCCCCAAGAUGCCUUUGAUUAGAGCUGUGCUCAAAGAAACCCUCAGGUUAUAUCCAGUAUUGCCAGGAAAUGGAAGAGUGACCCAGAAAGACUUGAUUGUUGGAGGAUACUUGAUACCUAAAGGGACACAGCUGGCACUCUGUCACUAUACUACUUCGUACAGUGAAGAAAAUUUUCCGAUGGCAGAUAAGUUCCGACCUGAGCGCUGGCUGAGGAAAGAUGCUUUGGACAGAGUAGACAAUUUUGGUUCAAUCCCAUUUGGUUAUGGCAUUCGAAGUUGUAUAGGAAAAAGAAUUGCAGAGCUGGAAAUUCAUCUUGCACUGAUUCAGUUGCUACAGAAUUUUGAGAUCAAAAUUUCUCCUAGAACUGAACCGGUUCAUGCCAAAACUCAUGGGCUUUUGACUCCUGGAAACUCCAUCAAUGUGAGAUUUUCUGAUAGAAAGUGAGACUCAAGUGUUUUGGAAAUACUUGUAUAAUUUUCAUGGGAACAGACACAUCUCAUGGAUAUUUGAUCAUAUUUGUUCUCUGAUUUGUAGUUAUAUGGCAAAAUGAUCAAGUCUUACAUUCCAUUUUAGUUCUAGCAGUACAGUAGAGAAGUUACCUCUCAUAAAAUAUAAUUACACAUUUGGAAAUAUAUACUGAAGCAAUAUCUUUUUGCACUGGGAAUUUUCCUUUCCCUGGAAAGAUUUCUAAUAGUAACAACACAUACACUGAAAAGAGCAAAUGAAAUUCAGGCAUAUUUGUAUCAUCCAGUGGUUUUGUUAUACUGCUUAGUCAUAAAAGUCAAUUAUUCGUGUGAGUCUGAGAACAUGUAGAAUUAUUAUAUAAUAUAUACAAAUUAGCUGCAUGUAUGAGUUGUUUUCCUGGUUCUUGUCCUCCAGUGUGUUUUUUUUAGUUCCCACCUAACAGUGAAAUUGAGGUCAUUUUUCUCUCGUCUGUAAAAGCAUUUACACUAUGUGUGUUUAAAAAAAAAAAGGAAUACAGUAAUAUGAACUGUAAAGAUAUAAAAAGUACAAAUUAUAUCUGUUUGUUUAGAAUCAAAAUUCAGGACAGUUCAAAAAUAUUCAAACAUAAUCCCCAUAAAAUCUUUCUAUAUAACUGAAACCUUUUAAAAAAUAAAAAUCUUAAAAAUUUGAACAUCACUUUGCAGACUUACAAACCCAGACAGUGUCCACGUUACCAAAACAUAAAAUCUGAGUGGAAUAGCACAA